AUGCCCCCUUUUGGUUGUCGCAAUUCACGUAUUUUCGUCACGCCGCAAUCCAUAUAUACAAACUGUCCCUUGUGGCCCGUGAUCCCCAUUCCGCAAAUACCGAGAGUGGCUCAUGGCUUUCCAACGUUACACGCUCCCCUUUUCCGCAAAAGCAUGAGGACCCGUAGACGACACCACCUCGUAAAGCGACUGCAGCCUGCCGCCGGGCUCGGGUACCCUCGUCCCGGUUGCGCGGGGUUUGGUUGUUUUCGCUUUCAAACCUUCCUGGAGCAAGGGCAAAUGGGGAGCUUGGUUCAGCCUCUUUUUCGCAGCGUCGACUGUCAGCCGCGGCCCUUUCAACGCCGAUUUAGCUAUUGCGUGUUUUCCACCGCCUCGACCGUAUGGCCUGUUCACGCUGGCUCUCCACACCAUGGCAGCUCUGUUCCCACUUCUAACUCGAUCUUAACUAAUACAAAACCGCUACUUUCCUCAACGACAAUCGCUAAUGGAGUGCUGGGGUCUCGUGCGCCAAAGCUUAUCGGGGAAGGAGGCUAA